AAGGAAGAGGAUUAGCCUAGGAAAUUAAUGAUGCAAAAAACCUGGCCCUUGCUGGAAGAGUUUACCCACUCAAGAGACCUCCCAGUCUUUGAAAUUGGGAUGUAUUAUGUCAUGCUUAUGGGUGUGCACAAACUGUAAGUAGGUCAGGUAUAUUCAGCUAUGGGGAGGUAUGUGUGUCUUUGGUAAGUUUAUUCAGGUUGCAUUGGGCAGUUUAGCUUUAAUAUUAAUGGAACAAUUUCUUUCUUGUUUUGCUGCGAUUCAAGUCAUCCUGGUCUCCCACCUUAUGCAUGAAAGGCAUGAAAACUUCACCCUGCAAAAGGCAAUUGUGGAAAGCCUCAACCAGCAGCUAGAGCUCCUCCAGGCUCAGAAUUUGAACUUGACAGAGACUGUAAAGCAACUUGCCACCCGCAGAGGACAUAAAUGUAUUCCUUGCCCUGAGAACUGGCUACAGUACGGGGAGAACUGCUACUUCUUUUCAGAGCAAUGGAAAACCUGUCAAGAAAGCAAGGCAAAAUGCUCGGCUCUGGAGUCCAGACUUCUUAAGAUAGAGAGUAAGGAAAAGCUGGACUUCAUAAUGCGAUUAGCACUAUCUCGCAGUUCUUCCAUUUUUUGGAUUGGGCUGUCUCGCAACAGAGCCAAGGGGACCUGGCUGUGGGGGGAUGGAUCAGCUUUCUCCCCUGAUUUGUUUCAGAUCCAACGAGCCAGCUCGAGUCCUUCUCUAGACUGUGUGUGGCUUCAAGGUGCAAACAUAGACACUGCACGGUGCGGUGAAUACAAAUUUUACGUCUGUGAGAAGGUGGUGGAUCCUGUGAUGGUUGAGCAAGUGAGCUACUCAGACAGGCACUAGGGUGCAGAGCUUUGUAGAGAGCCCAGUCCUGGGAUAUACUCACAACAGUGGGGGUGAGUU